UUUUAAUGAGCUGAGUUCCAGCCCGGGCUCGCCGUUUUGUUCGCAGGCUGUGGAUGUGGAUGUCGCCGCCCUCCUCUGGCUGCUCUGCGGCGUGUGAUUGGGUUAAAGUCGAAUCCCCUUUCCCCUCUAACCCGGUGAUGUUGGCCGUUUCCUGCCUCUUCUGCCCAACUAGUGGUAGACAGAGACUGCUGAAGCUCCGGUGAAACACGGACGAGCGGGCGGCUUCGACACUGAAACCCUCCGGUGAAGCAGUGCGUCCUGAGCCGCAGCCAUGCGAAGGAAAUCGCGGAUAUUACUGUGUUUCGCUGUGCUCUGGAUCCUAGGAAUAGCGUAUUAUUUCUAUUCAGGAACGACGCUGCAUCGGAAGGAUGACUGGAGUGGCUUCGGUUCAAGCAGAAUUCAAGCACAAAGCAAUGCAGACAGCAGAGCGCAGAGUUUGGAAACCCUCCCCCCAGGGAAGGUCAGGUGGCAGGACUUUGAUCAGGAUCUGUACGUGGGGGCGACAGUGGUGAAGCCGGGACAGGAUCCCUACGCCCGCAACAAGUUCAACCAGGUGGAGAGCGACAAACUGCGAAUGGAGCGCGGAGUCCCAGACACCAGACAUGACCACUGUCGCCAUAAGCAGUGGAGGACAGAUCUGCCUGCAUCCAGCGUGGUGAUCACGUUCCAUAAUGAAGCUCGAUCUGCUUUAUUACGCACUGUAGUCAGCGUUCUGAAGAAGAGUCCUCCCCACCUCGUCAAAGAAAUCAUCCUCGUAGACGAUUACAGCGACAACCCUGAAGACGGGGCCUUGCUCGGGAAAAUCGAGAAAGUCCGGAUUCUUAGAAACGACAGACGAGAAGGUCUGAUGCGAUCACGUGUCCGAGGAGCAGAUGCAGCCACAGCCAGUGUCCUCACUUUCCUGGACAGCCACUGUGAGUGUAAUGAACACUGGCUGGAGCCGCUGCUGGAGAGAGUUGCUGAGGACAGGACACGUGUUGUCUCGCCCAUCAUAGACGUCAUCAACAUGGACAACUUCCAGUAUGUGGGGGCAUCUGCAGACCUCAAAGGAGGUUUUGACUGGAAUCUGGUGUUUAAGUGGGACUACAUGACGUUGGAGCAGAGACGGGCAAGGCAGGGGAACCCCAUCGCUCCUAUCAAGACUCCUAUGAUCGCUGGCGGCCUCUUCGUCAUGGACAAAAGCUACUUUGAGGAACUCGGAAAAUACGACUUGAUGAUGGACGUGUGGGGUGGAGAAAAUCUCGAAAUCUCGUUCCGGGUGUGGCAGUGUGGUGGCAGUCUGGAGAUCAUUCCCUGCAGUCGAGUGGGACACGUAUUUAGGAAGCAGCAUCCCUACACAUUUCCUGGAGGCAGUGGCACCGUGUUUGCCAGGAACACCCGCCGAGCAGCAGAGGUAUGGAUGGACGAUUUCAAGAAUUUUUAUUAUGCAGCUGUACCUUCUGCACGGAAUGUGCCCUAUGGCAAUAUUCAGAGCAGGCUGGAAAUGAAGAAGCGAUUAGGCUGUAGGCCAUUUAAGUGGUACCUGGAGAAUGUGUACCCAGAACUCAGGGUCCCAGACCAUCAGGACAUUGCAUUCGGGGCUCUGCAGCAGGGCGGGAACUGCCUCGAUACGCUGGGCCACUUUGCCGAUGGCGUGGUGGGAGUCUACGAGUGCCAUAACGCAGGGGGCAACCAGGUAGCAUUCAGAGCACAGGAGUGGGCCUUGACUAAAGAUAAGUCAGUGAAGCACAUGGACCUGUGUCUGACUGUGGUGGAGCGCAUGGCAGGCUCUCAGAUCAAACUGCAGGGCUGCAGAGAGAACGACAGCAGACAGAAAUGGGAACAGAUCGAGAACAACACUAAGCUACGACACGUUGGUAGCAAUCUGUGCCUGGACAGCCGGAGUGCCCGUAACGGGGGCCUGACGGUGGAGGUGUGCAAUCCGUCACUGACUCAGCAAUGGAAGUUCACCCUCAACUUGCAGCCCUAGUCCCUAAUGCCUCGCCCCUAGUCCCUAACCCCUACAUCCUGCGUCCUCGGCAGGUCACAGAGCAGUGCGCGGUCUCUGAGGGAACGCUGCCCAGCCGCAGUGGGUCUGCUCGCCCCUUCCCCCUCACCCAGGGCUAUGGGGCCAAACAGACACAAAAACAAACAUGAAAACUUUUUCUCCAUCCAACUAUAUACCUCACCAUUUUAUUUUUGGUCCAACUCUUAAUUGAAAAGCAUAGGAUUUGAGGUAUUUUGUUUUCAUCGUAUUUUUGAUGCCAACCAAAUGGAUUUGAUUUUUGUUGCCCUUAUUUUCCUGAUUUUUUUUUUCCAUCUCUUUGUUCUUAUGAUUUUUUUUUAUUAAAGUUUUUGCUUCAUGUAACCAAUAAUGUUGAAUGUAAGUGAUGCUCCAUGGAGGCUCCUUUUGCGAUAAGGGGGGGGGAAGCGAGGACUUUUUCAUGUUUAGUUCCACAUUCAAGUAGUGUGUGUGUGUGUGUGUGUGUGUGUGCGCGCGUGCGCAGAUUGAAUCUGCAGGCCUGCGUUUAUGUGAACACUCUGUACAGUCUGUUCACCAAACAAACAAAAAUAGGCCAGCUUUGUCUUUUUUUUUUUCUUUUUUCUCCUGCAGCUCCUAACAAAUUGUCAUUCUAUCUAUUUUACAUCUUGAAUGUGCAAUGAAGAAAGAUCUGUUUCCUCGUUGAGCCUCGGGAGCGUUUUUGUGGAGAAACAACAGGGCGCCGUGUAGUGUUCUGCGCUACCAUGCAGUGUCAGUUGCCUUUGUCACAAAAUGGACAAUAAGGUGUACUUUUGUUUAUUUUCAUUAUCAUCACAUUGUCCUGUCAUGAGCAAUUUUUGAUUCAAGUCAUAAUUUGUAGCUACGUUACGUAGAAUCAUUCCAUUGACGAGACGGUAACUGUACCUGUGUACUGUUUCAGUCGCUUUGUUCUCAAAAUGUAUUUGUGCAUUGUGUGUGUGUGUGUGUGUGUGUGUGUGUUCACUGUGAUCAAACCGAAUCCCAGUGGCAGGACCUAUUUGAAUUUUGAUCAUGGGCUUCCCAAAACAAGAGACAGGAAAUGGUUUAAUUUGUGUAUUGCACAUUUAUAUUUACUUGAUUAUUUUUUUUUUUGGUUAUUUUAUUGUUUGUCGUUCAGUUGUUCAGUGAUUUAGGUUGACUGCCUUUGACUGUAUCCAUGCUACUGUAAACAGAAAGGGUACCUGUGCUGUGCAGCUCUCAGUCAGGGCUGGAAGUAGCUGGACCUCAACUGGACUCGGAGAGGAAACACCUCCAUGCUGAAGGUGUGCAUUUCUCUCUGUUAUACAUCCUCCAUCCCUUUAUGCUUUCUUUCAUCACUUAGAUCAUUAUGGUACUUCACACAGUGCUGUGGUUCUGGUUCGUCCGUUGUAAACAAUACAAACGGAGCAGCUUCGAUUCCAUUUCCAUUUUUCUGACGUUUGUAUGUGUCUGAUUAUAGCCCUGUAGCGUAAUUUAUUCUAGAUUAGGACACAUACUGAUGAGUCUCAGAUAUACUGUAAUCACCAUACUCACUUUGUUCCUGAGUAUUUUUGACUCCACUACAUCGCCCUGUAUUUCUCCAGCUACAGGGAAUCUUUUCCACACGUUCUUGGAAGUGACACUAAGACGAGUUGAAUGAAGCCUUGUUGGCUUCGAGUUCUUCAGUGCCGCUCUGGCAUGAGACUGACUGACUGAAUCGGGGUGAAAACCCGACCUGCGUGUGUUUCGUUCCUUGUCUCCAGAGUUGAAAAAGUCAAACAUGAUGCUGUGCUCCAUAUAGAGGGGAUUUUUAUAGAUGGCGAAUGAAAGUACGCACUUGUUGAGUUUCACUGGUGAAAUCCAACUGCCUAUGAUCAUUUUGCCAUCACGAUGCCAACAUUUGAACAGUUUUGUACAUUCUGGAAAGAAUCUUUAUAUGAUGUCAAAAAAACCUAGGGCCAAAUUGUGAGAAAUCCAUUGCUUAUGAAUCUGAAUUGGAAUAAAUGUUUACAUAGUACACUGUGCCAAAGUUCUUUCCUGAUGGGUUCAGUUGUCUCAGCGUACUUCAAAACUACAACAUCGACAGAAACCAUGACCCCAUAUUUCCCCCAAUUUGUUUUUGAACAAGUCUUGAUUGUAUUUAAAGGCAAGGGAGAUGUGACAGGGUCACCAGUUGUAAAAGUGUAUAUGUGUGUAUAUACAAUCCGUAUGUCCAUGCAUGUACAUACAGUACCGGUCCCGGUCAAAACUUUGGACACACCUAGUCAUUGAUGGUAAUGGGUAAGUGUGUCCAAACUUUUGACUUGUGCGUACAAUUGCAGUUACUAGUGAUUUGGUUAACUGUACAGCGCUUAUAUUUGUCCUUUGUUUUAUAGAUAUGGUGAAAAGUUUACUUUGAAUGAGAAAAUAAUUAACUUAAAUAAAAGUUUAUAUAUAAUCA